CCCUGGAGAGUCAGUUGGAGUCAGUAGAAGCCGCUGAUAUAUAAAGGGUAAUUGCACGGUUUGAAUGCAUUUCUUGAAUGUCAUCGUGUGAAUUCCGCAGAAAUCGUUGUUCUCGAUUUUUUUCGAAACGGUUUUCUCGCCGGGAAUUGGGGGGACAUUCUUCGAGGGGUGAAAAUGCUGUUUUAUACCCUGUUGGGGGGUUACGUGCUGAGCUCGGUUAUUUUGUUUAAGUACCCGAUGUUAAUUCAUAAGAAGAAGAAAAUUAAAUUUCGGUGCAGACACAUCAGCCAUCGAGGAGGGGCUGGGGAGAGCUAUGAAAACACCAUGAGUGCAUUUCGAAGAGCUGUGGAGAUCGGCACAGAGAUGUUGGAAUUGGACUGCCACCUCACAAAAGAUGAGGAAGUCGUUGUUUCCCACGAUCAGAACCUCUUCAGGAGCACUGGGCUCAACAAAAACAUCAGCGAAGUCAAUUAUACAGAUUUACCUCUCUUGAAACCUUGUCUGCCCAUCGAUUUCGAUCCAGAAGUGGAAUACGUGGGAUCAGCCAACGAAUCAGACCGAAAAUUUCCGCUCCUCAAAGAAGUAUUCGACGCAUUCCCGGAACUUCCCAUAAAUAUUGACAUAAAAAUCAACGAUGACAGACUAAUUUCGAAGGUCUCAGACUUGAUUAAGCAGUACAAUCGUGAGGAGUACACAGUGUGGGGUAAUUUCAGCAAUGAAAUAACUCAGAAAUGCUACAAAACAAAUCCAAACGUUAAUUUAUUCUUCUCGAUGAAGCGAGUGACAACUCUCAUACUUCUGAUGUACUCUGGACUCUUGCCAUUCGUUUCCCUCAAGGAGACUCACCUAGAGAUAUUUUUACCCUCAAUCUACCUCAGAAGAAAAGGGGGUCUGUCAGCAACAUUUCUACCUCUCCACAAAGUCGUCUGUCACAUGACGAAUUUGUUAUUAAUGAGGCCAUGUUUAUUCAAUCAUUUACAAGCACGUGGCAUUCACGUUUAUUUCUGGGUUUUGAACAGAGAAGAAGAGUACGAAUGUGCAUUUAGACUAGGCGCAACGGGGGUAAUGACGGAUUAUCCCACGAAAUUGAAGACAUUUUUAAACAACAAUUACGAGUUGAACUAUGAAAAAAAUUGAUUGAGAUUUUUUAAGUAGUCUAGUAAGGUUUUCAACAUUCAAUCUACGAUACAUUCGAUUAUCAGCACAAUUCUAGUCUCUAAGGCCACUGCUUUGUACAUAAAUAAUUUAUUUAUGGUUUUAAUUGUUCGUAUUGUUGUUUCUAGGGGUUUUUAAGGGCUUGUGAUAGAGUUUAAUCUCGGAAAAUUAAAAUUUACAUUAACUUGAUGAUAUUUUCGAUAAUUUCUUUGAAAAUGUUUCUCAUUUGUCUCAAAAAAGGGAGAAUUUAUUAACGCAAACGAAAAUGACGUUUUGGAACAUGAGAAAAAAUAUUCUAUAUGGAUUUGAAAUUUUUAAUAAUUAAGAAUUGAGAAUUUGUUAUAAAUUAUUUUAAAAAACAUAGCUUUUGGAGACUCUAUUCUGUCGCUUGGAUGUUCUCGCAGUAUUCCGACGCUUUUUCCACUGCACAAAUGAAAAAAUAAUGUAAAAAGUUCUUAUUCUACUAGGGUUGAUAGACUCAACUCUCGAAAUCUCUGGAAUGAUAUUCUUAUUUAUUUAAUACAAAAUUAUGAAAUUACAAAACUA